AGGAUGUUUUUCCAGGAAUUGCCGUAGACGGCUAGUGUAGUGCUCCUGGUGGCGCCAGCCUGCCUACUCAUGGUUGUCAUCUGGAGGCCCUCCCAGAGCACUGGGGAACAGCCCCAGGGGGGGAUCCUACUCUUCACUCCUGACCCUGAGGAAGUGCCAGGUCAGACUGCAUCCUUGCUGCAGAGGCUCCUGUGGGUGGCCAAUUUCAUGUGCCUGUUUUAUAAACAAAGGGCUAGAGUAGGUAGCUUCACAGGUCCUUCAGUUUUGUUUUGUUUUUCCUUGUUAAGAGAAGAAAAAGUUUAUUUGGUCUUCAUGGUUUCAGAGGUCUCAGUCCAUAGACUGCCAACUCCAUAGCUCUGGGCCUCAAGUGAAUAUCAUGGCAGAGGAAAGCCACUCAAGACAUGGCAAACAGCAGACAGAACUUCACUCACCAGGGGAAAAAUAUAAACCACAAAGACACACCCUAGUGACCCACCUCCAGCUGCUCCCCACCUGCCUACAGUCACCCCAGUUAAUGCACUGAUUCGGUUAAAAACUCUCAUAAUUCAAUCAUUUUGCCUCUAAGCUUUCUUGUGUGCAUGGACUUACACACAAGCAUUGGGGGACACCCAGUGUAAAUCCGACAUUCCGUCCUGGUUCCAGCAUUACCCAAAAGUCCAAGUUAUAUCGGAUAUAUAAUGGCACAGAGUAACAUUUCCAUUCCACAAGGGAGAAAUAGGGGUUUAGAAAGAAGAAAUGGGACCAAAGCAAGACUGAAAUCCAAUUGGGCAAACAAGUCUAGCUCCAUGUCUAGCAUCUGAGGCACAUGGCCUCACGAUGUUCUCUCUAAAGGGCUGGUGUAGCUCUACCUUAUGACCUUGCUGGUUGUGGUUUCUCUGUUGGCUUCUUUCUUUUUAAUUCCUACAACUUUUGUUGGCUUAUGUCUCACAUUACUGGCCUCUCUUGGGGUGGAGGUGUCUCUACUGCAGCUUUGGCUUCCUUUUCACAUCUCCAUGUAUUGCUCUCUCAGGGGCAACCCACAGGGACUCCAACUCUACUAUACUUUUCCUGGCCUCUCAGUGGAAGCCUUCAUGACCCCCUAACCCAUCCUGCAUUCCUGUAGAACCAGUACCGUGUGAUUUAUGCCAAGGUCUGACACCAUCUCAAGCAGUAGCCAAGCCUCCUGGGACCACAGUUGCACCAACCUCUAAAUGCCUGGGCAGCUGUACUUGGUGAAACAACUUGUUAGGCUCCUCUGUUCAAGCAGAGUGCCCCCAUGGUCUCCUCUCAAUGGAAUUCUGUUACAUUCUUGAGCCUGAGAUAGGUAUGGUCUUGCCAACUCCCGAGAUGCCAUCAAGCCAUCUUUCCUAUGGUUCUGGGUAAAGCAUUUAGCAUUUCUUUAGUAGCCCUAAUCACUUUACCAACCAUACCUUCCUUGGACACAGUUUUACUUGCAGUUUUCUGGCCAAACUUCAAGUUUUUGAAAUUUUUCUGUUCUGCUCCUGGUCAUCACAGUAAACUUGGUUAAAAGCUACCAGCACUCUCCAUGCCACUACCUGACUGCUGUGCUGCCUCAAAAUUUCCUGUGUCCCAUUAAGAAGUCCAUCACCUUUAAAUUUAGGCUCACAGAAAAUCUCAGGACAUGGGCAAAAUGUAAAUGACUUCCAAGCCAGAACAUAACACAAAUGCCUGCUAGUCCAAUUUCCAAUAGAGUCCUCUUAUGAACCCUCAUGAGCCUAGUCUUUACUGUCCAUAGUCCUGUUUGCAUUCUGGUUUUUUGACCUCCCAUCAGUGGCUCAUUAAGCUCCAGUUACAACAUUCUAAAGCUUCUCCAGUUUUCACUGCUGAACUUUUCAAAAAUUUUCCCCCCACAAAUCAGCUCCAAAUUCUUCUGAACCAGAUGGUCAGGUUGGUCCCAACAGGGACCCCACUCUAUGUACCGAUUUCUGUUUCAGUCAGCUUUUUCAUUGCUGUGACCAAAAGCCCUGACAAGAACACUUUUAGAGAAAGAAAAAAAUUAUUUCACACAGUUUCAGAGGUUUCAGUCCACAGACAGCUGACUCCAUAGAUUUGGGUCCAAGGUGAGGUUGAAUAUUAUGGCAGAGGAAAGCAGCUCAGGACAUCAUGGUCAGGAAGCAGAGUGGUUUCUUCUGAGAAACCCGAGACUGGUUUUUCCAGUUUCAUAAAAUAGGUCCAAUCUUAGGUAAAUUUGACCACUUGAGCACAAUUUACAAUCUGUGUAGUCAGCAGAUAUUUCAGGAAUACCUGCUGUGUAUCAGACAUUGCAUCAGCCAGCAGAAUAUAAAACAAUGGACAGGCAGGUAUGGGCUGUGCCCUCAGAGAGCCUGUCUGGUGGAGGUUGGAUUGAGCCAUUAGAGUGCAUUUGGGGUGUAGGAGUGGAGAAAAUACAAGGUGCUUCAGGAGCUUACAGUGGAGGCACUUCCUCUAGCCUGGAAGAUGUCUGGAACAAAUGCCUUUAGUGCAGGCAGCAGGGGGUCUCAGCACUUCAGAGGCCCAGUCAAGGAGAAUGUGAUGUUUCGGAGAACUGGAAGGUUCUAGCAUGGGGUGAGAUGAGGGGAUGUUGGGAAUGGAGUCCAGAGGGGUAGGUGGGUUAUUCCUGAAGACUCCUGUAGGUCCUGGGCAGACAUACCCCACUGGCUUUGGGAAGCCCCACCAGUGCCUUAACCAAGGAAAUAACAUGAGGAAUGGGAACACAGGUUCCUAGAACAAGCUCUUGCUGUUGACAGUGGGACAAAUGAGAUGGCUACCUCCCAGCAUGGAGGCAGGGAGUUCUUGGGUCUGUUGGAAGUGGAAUGUGGGGCCUGCACUGUGUGAUGUCCAAGUUUAUCAGACUUAAGUUAGAAUAGGAAAUGGUAGUAAAAAAGCAGAAAUAUAGAAAGUACAGGGAACGAAUGAACUUAGACUUUUACGUUGCUGCAGAUAACAGUUAUUGCUUUAUUUUAACUUGUUUUUUUGUUUGCAGUACUGGGGGUUGAACCCAGGGCCUCACAUGCUUGGCAAGUGCUCUCUGCUGAGCAACGCACCAUCCCUUUUUAUUUUCUUUGGAGACAAGGUUUCACUAAAUUGCCCAGACUGGCUUCAAACUUGCAGUCCUCUUGCCUCUGGCCCCACCCACACCCCGUAGUUGUUAUCAGUGGUAUGUACCACCACACCCAGAUGAAUGUGUUUUUUGAGUAGAUAAAUACAUUGAUAUGGUUCAGAGUAUCUCCUCUGCCUUCAGCCACUGUUAAUAGGAGAAAGUGAAUUUUUGAAAUAGGACAUGUGUAGCUUCAUACACAGCUUCACAAAACAAACUGGAGCACCAAGACAAUGUUCUCUCAGAUUCUGGAAGUAAAGUCUUUAAAACUAUUACAGGGUAACCUAGAUGUUCUUCCUGUGGACUGUGACUCAUCUACCUGAUGGACAGGCUGCCUUUAUUUGACUGUGGAAUCUGCAGGAAGUGUGCAGUCCAGUGCGAUUGGGUUCCAGUGUUCCUGCCCGUUCACAUUUACGGGUGUGCCGCUCCAUCCAGAGUUCAUUUUUGCUCACUCUCCUGUACUGCCCAUGGGAGUGAUCGUGCAGUGUUGUGGUCUUUAUCAAAGGCGGAUACAUGAAGAUCCCAGCGCGAGCUGCACUGUCUCCUUCCACAAGUCACAGCACAGGGCCCAGCAGCCCCCAGACGUCCUUGGCCCCAGGACUACUCUGGUGUAUGGUUUGGGACAAUGACUCCUGUGAGCGAAGGGGGCACAUCCAACAGCGUUUUUGACCUGGACUAUGCUUCCUGGGAGAUCCGCUCCACACUGGUGGUCGCAGGCUUUGUCUUCUACCUGGGUGUCUUUGUGGCCUGCCACCAGCUGUCGUCCUCCCUCAACGCCACUUACCGUUCUCUAGGGGCCAGAGAGAAGGUCUUCUGGGACCUGGCAGCCACGCGGGCUGUCUUUGGUGUCCAGAGCUCAGCUGCGGGCCUGUGGGCUCUGCUGUGGGACCCUGUGCUUCAAGCUGACAAAGCGCUUGGCCAGCAAAACUGGUGCUGGUUCCACAUCACCACAGCCACAGGGUUCUUCUUCUUUGAAAAUGUGGCCGUUCACCUGUCCAACAUGUUCUUCCGUACCUUUGACUUGUUCCUGGUUGUGCACCACCUCUUUGCCUUUCUUGGAUUUCUAGGCUCAGCGAUCAAUCUCAGAGCUGGCCACUACCUAGCGAUGACCACAUUGCUGCUGGAGAUGAGUACCCCCUUUACCUGCAUUUCCUGGAUGCUCUUAAAGGCCGGCUGGUCCGAGACGCUGUUCUGGAAGCUCAACCAGUGGCUGAUGAUCCACAUGUUUCACUGUCGCAUGGUCCUCACCUACCACAUGUGGUGGGUGUGCUUCUGGCACUGGGGACGCCUCGUCAGCAGCCUGUACCUGCCUCAUUUCGCACUGUUCCUUGUUGGGCUGGCCCUGCUCACACUCAUCAUUAAUCCAUAUUGGACCCACAAGAAGACCCAGCAGCUUCUCAAUCCAGUGGAUUGGAACUUUGCACAGCCUGAGACCAAGAGCAGCCGGCCAGAGAGGACCAAUGGUCAGGUGCUGCAGAAGAAGAAGCCAUAGUGGCCGUAGUCGGGACCAGGUGGGCCACUGUGUCUGUGGAUGCAGCACAUGGGUUCCACAGCUCCGAGAACAGUGACUUUUGUAACAAAUAAGGUCUUGACUAUCUGUGUAGCGCUAAGUGAAACCCUGGCUUUCUAGUCACUAGUAUUAAUUCUGAAGUAGCCACAGAGUAUUACGAGGCCUCCUUCACCUUCCGGAGCAGAUCUUUGCCACUGUGACUUCCUGGACUCCUCUGGCUUGUUCCUGCAGGCAGUUAGCUCGGAGGAGGAGCCCUGGUGGCAGGCACACUGCCGGCUGGGGAGUGCUCGUUGCGGUGCUCCUAGCGGGUGUGCUCCGGGCUGCGUUGACUCCUCUUAGCCGCAGGCUCACAUUCGGUGUGUAUUAUUCCAAAGACAUUUUCCUUUAGUUGGAAAGGAUUGGCCUAAGGAAGUCCCAGUGUAUGGCCUUUUAAAGCUGGUGUGUAAUGGUACCACCUAGUGGCAGUGGAGCCGUUGCGGUGGCCCUGGGUAGGAGACUGCCACCCAGGAUGCCACCUGCCCUGACGGGAGUGCAAGUUAUAAAAACUUCCACUUUUUUUUUUUAAUCAAGAAAGAUUUUUAAAUGAUUUUUAUUGACAUUGUAUUUCUCAAUUGACAGAAUAAGGUAAGUGUUCAGCAAGCAGAUGUGUCUGGAUUUCAGAGCCGUUUUUACUUGAUGGUGGCCUGUAGGUACCCAGGCCAGACCCUGGAUCCUUGAUUGAUAUUUGUGGACUUUAAGGCAAGUUAUUGAGGACUUCUUCCCUGAGAUGUGUGGUUGACCCUAGUGGCCCUGGGCAGACCUGCAACCAGCUCUUGAGAAGGGGUCUCCAAUGCACCUGGCUUUUACCACACUGUACCCAGGUAGAAUCUGCACACCAACUUAGCAGUGUUGACAGACCUACAAACAAACAUUUUAUUCCCCAUAAGUACAUAGUUAAAAGUGAAAGUAUAUUUUUAUCAAAGCACCUUUGAAUAAGUGCUUGCAGAAAAUAUGUUUUUAUUGCUCUUAAAAUCAUGUGACCCCUGCUUGUUUGCACCAUGGAACUCUUGGGAUAGUGUAUUUUGAUGACUGGUGCUUUAACUUUAUUGAUUGUAUUUAGAUCAAGAUAUAUGCCUAUUUAUCUCAUCCUAAAAGUAUUUAAGCUAUGUCCCUGCUAAGAUCCUUAACUAAGAACCCUGUUGCUCCUGAUGGCUGCUCCGUUCUGCCCUGUCCCAUGGAACCAGCAUAAGCUGGUGGUUUUCCACUGGGCAGAAGUUUAAUAAAGUGACUGAUGUUUACAGAA